AUGAAGUCAGUCGUCGCUCUCGCAUCCCUCCUGCCCCUGCUCGCCUCCGCAGCACCCACACCACAAGGCACGGUCGCAGUCCCAGCGUUCACCAAGGGUCAAAUCAUUGGCAUCACACAGCAACUCAACCGCGAAGAUACCGCCAACACUACUGGCAAUGCCAUCGUGGAAGCAGCUGUGACUCUUCCCGGCCCAGCCGGCCAAACCGGCCCAUGGUGUGCAGGUUUCUCCGAUGACAAGGCCCAAAACGUCGUCAAGUCGAUCAAUAACAAGCUCGACGGUAUCUUCAACUCAGAACGCACGGCUUCGUACGGUGAUGUCCCUGUGGUCAUCGCCAGCUACUGGUGCGCCGCCACGCGUCUCGAGGUCGAGCAGUUCGUCGCCAAGAUCGGUCCCUUUGCUCCCAAGCCUGACACUGGCGCGGCUCCAGCCAUCAGCAAUCCAGCCGCUAGCGCAACCACCACUACUACCACUACCGCAUCGGCAGCUACAGCCACAGCCACCGCCUCCCUCCUCCCCAAAGGCACCAAGCUCACCAUCACCCAACAGCUCGACCGUCAAGACACCGCCAACACAGUCGAUGGCCUAAUCCUUGGCACUACCCCCACCAACCCCGGUAAUGUCGCUGUCGAGGCCGCCGUGAACGAAGUCGGACCCUGGUGCGCCGGCUUCAGUGACGCCAAAGCGCAGAACGUGGUCAAGAGCAUCAACGAGAAGAAGGACGGCAUCUUCAACUCUGUCCGGCCCGCUAGCUAUGGCAACACCCCUGUCCCGAUUGGCUCCUACUGGUGUGCGAACACCCGUCUCGAGGUCGAGCAGUUCGUUGCUAAGGUUGGUCCAUUUGCACCGAAGCCUGCUGCUGGUGCCGACACAGGCGCUGUUGCAUCGCCGGUCGGAAGUGCUCCUGCUGCUGGCAUUACUUCUCCUCCUGUUCUGGGUGCAGGUAAAGUUUCUGCGCCGGUGACUGUUACUGUCACUGUCACUGCGCCUGCUUCUUGCGAUCAGCAGCAGGGUCCUUGGAGCAAGCAGGGUGGCUGGAAGGGUCAGCAAAAUGGUGGAAACCUCAUGGACAUGCUCGCUGGUGGCAGCAACUAG